AUGGUAUUUGUCGAGCCCUCCAAGUCAAUCAACGUGCACGGCCUCUGGCUGGAUGAAAAGAGAAAUCGAGCGGCAGAAACAGCUCUGGGCUCCUCGCUCCAGCUCGUGAGGAACAUACUUGGACCUGCUAGUGGGUAUCGCCUCCUCCCCCAGGUCUCGUUCUUCUGCGGUGGCUACUGCUCACUUCCCUAUCUUAGAGCCGAUGGGUACCGCAUCAUUGCGUCCACGUCGCCUUACCACCAAGUGGCCUCAGCCUUCGACCAUCAGGAGAUCCUACAAGACUGGGGAUGGAUCGAAGAGCACCUCAUGCCCCUCGCGGAGAGGGUGGAGGGGCGCGACUUCCGUAUACUCGCCAUCAAGUACUUCUCUGACUUGGCGCGCGGGAAGCCCUUUCACUUGCCCCGCAUCGGGUCGGUGCAUGUUGACCUCAAUCGGCUGGACAAGCAAGAAGUGCUCGAGGAGCAGCGGAAGGACCUGCCCGAUGAAGAGGAAAUCGCUGUGUUGGGUCCAGAUAACCCGGAUGAAGACGCCGUCGACGAAGUGGAUCUCGACACCGACGACGCCAUGUCCCCCAGGAGCGCCUACGGCGGUGAGUGGACCGAUAAGAUCAUAGGGACCGAUGCCGACCCUAGUGUCUCCUCCUCAGAGACUACUGAUUUCAGCGCCGGUGACAAGGAAACUCGGCCAGACCUCCAAGCGGCUUCCGGCGCUGAGAACGGCGAGUCGGUGGCCGAGUGGCCUGGACUGCAGUCGAUGCCUGAACAGUUCACGCACCCCGAGGAAGCGUUCAGUUGGCUGCGCGCUAUGGCCCGCGGUACCGAGUACGACGGGUGGCGCUACGUCGAGGAGGAAGCGGGCGUCACCUUCUACAAAAAGGAGGUGGAAGGACCCGGGGGCAAGCGCGAGAUCUACAAGGGCGUUGUCGUCAUUGAUGCCCCGGCCAAGAACAUAUUCGAGAUGAUCAACAAGGCCGAGAAGUGGCCCAAGUGGGAUCGGACGCUGAGCAAGGUUCAGCUUCUGGACAGGGUCGACGACAAGAACGAGAUCGUGCACAUGCACAUCAAGAAGUUCUUCCCCUCCUUCUCCUCCCUCGCACAAGCCGUCAACAUGUCCAAGCGAGCCGAGAACGAGCGCGACAUGGUCGUAUUCAAGUCGUGGGGCAGACACGAGCGCGAUUCCUAUGUUCUCUAUCUCAGGAGUGUCGAUUACGACAAGCUGGCGCCCGAGCCCGGCGUAAUGCGCAUGGAGACCGAUGGCUGUGGCUUCCUGGUCGAGCCCAUGAAUUCUAUCUUCCCGUCCUCCGCCUUCCGCUCCCCCUUGAGCCAAUCUUCGGGCGUCGCGGCCGCCUCCAUCGUUACCUUCGUGUCCGAUAUCGACUGGAAAGGAUGGCUCACGCCCAUCAUGGGCGAAUACGUCCACUUCACCAAGGUCAUGCUCCUCAAGGAGAUCAGGAACAGUUUCACGCCCGAUCUGGCGUUUGUAGGGCGACGGAGUACCGCGGCUCUGCCAAGCGCAGAGGACGAGCAGGAGUCUCAGCAGUAUUCGUUCCAGUCGGCGAUGAAGGGCUUCACGACCUUCGUCGAGGAGAAGAAGAAGCAGAUGAUCGAAGAGCGCGAGCGGAGGAAGAGGGAGCGGAGCAAGGAGAGCGCAGACGAGACGCCAGCUGAAAGCGAGGAGGAGCGCGAGAUUGGGAUGCUCGACAAGCUCAAGGCCAUGCUCGACACCGCCAAAGCCUCGGACAAGCCCACCGAAGGAACAGCAACAGCAACAGCAACAGCGGAUGCCGAAGGGGACACCGCCAUAAAGAGCGACAAGGGGCUGUGGGGCCAGUGGAAGCAGGCGCUGACCCUCAAGACCGCGACGGGAGCUGCUACCACCGACAGCCCGUCAUCUGCCGGUGACGAGACUGCCGGCGCCGCCGCCGCCACGCCCACGCCUGACUCAUCGGCGCCAACACAGUCCAUGACGUCGGGGUGGCUCAGCCGGGUCAAGGGAGCGCUUGCCAAGGACGAAAGCGCAACGGGGGCGAGCGCCCCGGCGGUGUCCACUUCAGCGGCGGGCGAGGCGAAGAAGGCGAGCUGGUUCGGUCGAGCGACAGGAUCGCCGGCCGAGAGCGCUACUGCCGAGGCCAAGAGCCCCGCAGGCCCCGACACCAAUGGCGGAGGAUCGAGCUGGCUCAACCGGAUGAAGGAGUCGGUGGCGGUGGUGACGGCCAAGAAGAGCGACGAGUCGGGCAUGGAGAAGGGCUGGCUGGAGAGGAUGAAGGAGGCCGUCAAGACCAAGGAAGCAACCAACGCCUCGACGACUGGUGCGCCAGGCGACGACGGGAGCCCGAAGAGCGAACAGAAGACGCUCACCGUCAUCAAGUUCAGCAUCAUGGAGGACGAGCAGGAGAACAACGGCAAGGGCAAGGAGGUCGAGAAGCACCACCACGACGAAGAAGACGACCCAGCCGAGGAGACCAGGAAGCAACAGCACGACGACAGCAGCACCUUCGGCCUCAUCUAA